AUGGCCAAUGGCAAGAUGGAGUGCAAGAGAGGAACAAAAAUUGACAAAAUACUUGCAAGGGUCAACUGGAUAGAUGACCUAGACUCAGUUACAGUUGCAAAACUGAGGGGUACAUUGGCUGGAAGAUUUUCAAUUGAGAAGCUCCCAGUUGCUAUGUGGGAUUGGCAGGAAUGGAGCAAGAAACACCCUAAAAUUGGUGGUAUUGAAUAUGAUGCGCAGAGCUCCCGCAUCCAAAUCAAAGCUAUGCCUAGUCCUUUGCAGGAGGAUUUAUCAAUCAGUAUCCAUGACUGCCUAAUUGAUUAUGAAUCAAAAGAGCAUCUGAUAAAGCUCUAG